UUUUACCCUGAUCUUCUACUCACUCUCCCUUAGUAUGCACUAGAUCUAGAAGUCUUUCCUUUGAUGCAAUAGAUCUAGAUAGAACUUCCUUUGAUGCAAACGAUCUAGAACUUCUUUGUUGAGUACGCAUUAGCAGUUGUCUUUUCCUUUUGUUACUAGAUUUGAUUGCACCAGUAGCCACCGACCUUACAUCUACACAUUUUUUACAUGGAGUAUUUUCUUAGUACGUACUUAGUAUUCUUGAAUUUCUCCUUCUGCAUCUCCAAUGAGGCGUCGUUCUUCGAACAAAAUGCCGAGUGUCAACGCUGGUGCGAAUCCGGGUCACCCUGUGCCUGGGUCUUCUGGUCGUGGAGGAGGCCCUGAAGUGGUCUCCGAUGUGCCUAUGUCGGAAGAAGAAAAGCGAGAAAAAGCUCACCAAGAAUCUCCGGUGAUUCGCAUAUUGAUCUUCACUGAUACGCAUUUGGGGUACAAGGAUACGGAUCCGGUGCUAGAAAAUGACGCUAUGGACACGUUCGAGGAGAUGCUAAACCUUGCGAAGACGAACAAAGUCGAUAUGAUCCUUCAUAGUGGUGACCUCUUCGACGAAAAUCGGCCGAGUCGGAAUACCAUGUUUCGGACGUUCAACUUAUGUGCCGAAAAAGUCUGGGUGAUAUUCUUAAUAACAACAAGACCGAUUAUAGAAGACGCACGUAGCAUCUGUAGGCUCUCACCCGUUUUCUGUACUCUACACGUCGUUGAGUAUGACUGUGGCUUGCACGAAAAGUACUGAUAACGACCAUUGCCUCUCUGCUGAAGAGACUGCAGAUUCUCGAGUGCUAAUAAUAUCAAAUUCAAGCUCUCCUUUGCCUUUCCGUUUUAUCUAGAUACUAACUUCAGUUCUAUCAACAUGAUAGCCUCUCCUUUCCUCUAUUUCCCUUGUUCAUAUCCCCUGAUGUCUACGUAUCUGUUCGGGGACCGAACGAUUCCGAUUUCCGUCACCCACGUAGACGAGCACGCCAAUCUCGCUGCAGCUGACAUCAACUUCUACAAUCCGAACUACAAUGUCAGUAUCCCAAUAUGACACAAAAAAUAAAUUUCAUACUCAUAGGAUCCUCAAAAAUAGAGGCCGCUUGUUAUUUUCACCACUAACUUAGUAGCAUUAACAAGUGCCUAUUGUCUUGAGGAUCGAUGAGUACUACGAUUUUUCCUUUCAUAAGCAAUGUUCAUGAUUCACGGCAACCAUGACGAUCCAGGAGGCAUGCACAAACUCAGCGCAAACGAUGAAUUGAGUGCGAAUUGCUUAGUCAACUACUUUGGCAGACAGGAGGACGUAGAGGACAUCAAGAUUGGAGCUAUAUGUAUCGAAAAAAACGGAACCAGAAUUGCGUUGUAUUAUGGCUAUUCUUCAAGUGCUUAGAUGUGCAUAAUUCUCACCUACUGACCAUGGAGGAGUUAGUGUUCCUUGAAAAGUCCAAGAACUCAACAUACAAGUGAUGUAUCAUGUUGUGUAUAAGUAGUGGAAUGAAGAGCGGACGACGACGUUCUUGCGUAGAAUCUUGAAGGUCGUGACUGUGACGGUUCAUCAGGUAUAUUAAGCACGCGAGUUUGAGCCCACUUGUAAUUCAGCAGCCCUACAGCUACAAUCCUUAUAUUUCUAUCCCCGAUAAUAUUAUCUAACCCGUCGGUCUCGGCAACGUCCGAGACGAGCGAUUGAACCGCGCAUUUGAACAAGAUCGUGUCAGGUGGAUACGACCUGAUGAGGCAGAGGAUGUUAGAGCAGGAAAAAGUCGAUACUUCAACAUCUUUCUGAUACAUCAGAAUCGUUUCAAGGGGAAUUUUGGUAUUACAGUUAAUAUAGUCAUGGAUCUACUUGGUUUGUUAUGUUCAUGGUGCGUUUACUAUCUGAGCUUGUUUUACUGGAGGGACGCAAGCCUGCGAUAGUCGUGGAUGUACUUAGUGCCUUUCGUCAGUCUCAUACAUUUCUAUAGCGUGCGUCUGAUGGCGUGUCUUGCCGGACUCGCGCGGGCGCAGAUUCUAGGCUAUGUGCAAAGGCGCCCUGUGACUCCAGCCAUGGCCCUCGUAAUCUUCUAGCACCGCCAAUAAGCCAAAAGCACCACAGCACACCCGCCACGAAUUGGCACAACACGGCACGGGCGGGCGGCACUGGGCGGCGGACGGCGUGACGCUGUACAGCAGCGGAGCGCGCCGCCGCUACAGCGAAGAGCGCCCUUUUGAUGGUGGGGCGCAUCGGGUGCCACCGUCUGGCGCUGUGAAUGCAGGCAGCGUCUGGGCCCGUAAUCCGCUGGGCACUGUGUGCGUGAAGUUUCGCGAACCAGUCUGAAGCAGCCACAGCGCUGGAAUGUGUGAAAGCAGGCUGGCAAAGGUGAGCGCUGGCGCGGAAGCCAUUGCGUGGCCUUUUUUUUCCGUAGGCCUCGCUUGGAACUCCAUGGGCAACUGAAUAAGUAGAACAAGUGGAACAGGACGAUUCACCUGCACCCCCCCUCGAGUUGCUUACGCUGUUCGGCUUCUCUCUCUCAGUUAUUGACGCCUCGCGCGCAUUGUCAGCAGGCUGCAGCUUGUGCCAGGUAUCUCUCUGCGCCGGCAGAGGUCGGCUUGUUCUGAAGCAGCAUGAAGAUGAAGGAGGCCCGCGCAGGUGACUCAUCGAGCGAGUGGCCUGUCCUCGCCUUGGAGGUGCAACAAAUUCGGAAGGCGCUCAGCUUGGGCGCGAUCCAAUGGGCGCGCCAUGAGCGGCGACGAAACAGGAGGAGGCCGCGCGGGAGUGAGCGAGGGAGCUAUUGGUGGGCAGCGGCUGAACGCGAGGAGACAGCCAGAGGCCAAUCACCAGGAGAGCACGGGGACCAAUGCGCUGGGCUUUGCUUUCUCGUAGUUAGCAUUUUUGGGCCCCUCGGUGUUCUGACCAAAGGCGUGAACGUUUCACAAAGUAAAAGCAGCCACCUAUAUUUAUAUUUAUUGACGCGCCCUACAACUACUUGAUUGUCCAUGCUUGCGUUAAUAUUGCUGUCACAUGAUGAUAAUGGGUCUGCAAAAAUUGCAGCGCUUCUCGGAGAGACUCCGGACUUGUUUUCCCCACACCGACACCAGGUGGCGUCCCUAACAAGCAAUGUGUGAGAGAAGAAUCGUUACCGGAAUGGCUGGACUUGGUUAUUUGGGGUCACGAACACGAAUGCAAAGUGGAUCCUGUGGAGAGCUUAGCUGGCUAUCACCUUAUCCAGCCAGGAUCCUCAGUAGCAACGAGCCUCAUUCCAGCAGAAGCAGUCCCGAAGCAAGUUUUGUACAUGGAACUGAAAGGGACGCAAUAUAUUAAGGCUCCUGACAGAACUUCCUGCAUCUGUAACUAAAAGUCUAGGAAAAAUUGAUUAUUUCGACCACAGCAUGAGCAACAUUAUAACCGUUAUAGGGCUGAACCGUACAACCUUAAUACCCAUCUCUAAUCCGCAGACGCUGAAGUCGCCUUUGACGAGCGUCAGACCUUUUAAACUGGACGAGGUACGCUUAGACGAGUACCUAUCGGAUCCGACAGACCAGAAGCAGAUCUGGGAUAGGUUGACCCAACAUGUACAAGCGCUGAUAGAUUUGAAUGCUGAAGAACAGGCGCAGAAGAUGGACGAGAAUAUGCGAAGCGAUAAAUUGCCACUCUUAUGUUGUUGAUGUUGUGUCUUUGGCUUUCUUUUGGUCGUUUUUCGGCUUCGACUAGAGGUAGACGGUCAAAUAUCCGCUUGAGCACGUAGUUUUGCUUUCUGGUAUCAAUAUUCACAUCACAAUAAGUUCAUCCUUGAGUCCUCGAGUCCUCGUAGAUCGUAGUUCCUAUAAUUCUCUAAUCUGCGUCCGCCUCCGCGUGAAUUACACAGACUUCCCCUGUUACGUUAUCGGUAACAACCGAUUUGGGCAGCAGUUUGUGGACAAAGUAGCCAAUCCCGAUUCUGUGUUGUACUUCUUCAAGAAAACUUCUAAGCCGAAGAAGAAAGUCCCCGCUUUGGAUGAGAAUGGGAAUGCGAAGUUGGACGAGUUUGGGGAAGUCAUUUACGAAGACGACGACCAACAAGCGGAACAAGAUCCAGCGGCUGCGGAAAUUAAGGCUUCGGGUAAUCCAUCUCCAGAAGUGGUCUAUGCCAUCUUCCUUGGGGCCUUCCUGGCCCCUAAGGAGAGCCUUGGCCCCUAAGGAGAAAGUUUGAGGCAGCAGGAUGACACUCAAGAAGAUGGAUUCCAGGAAGCUCUAAGGAAAUCAAUUUGUUGACCCGUGAGCAACAGCGGCGCUCAAUGGCGGAAACAUUAGCAGGGCUAAUGCCGAAAGUAGAACUGGACCUGUUCUCGCAGGGUGAUUUGAUGGAGGCUGUUACUUAUGGAUGGAGAUGAUGGGUCUGGGUGUAAGUGGUAGUGAUAGCCAUCGUCAAAAGAAUUUGAAUUCUAAUUGGACUAGUAUGCUUAGCACUAGCUAUAGUACUUAGGUGCGACUACGUCUACGAAGAUGAUUCUGUCCUCCCCCCACUUCUCUAACCCUCCCAAUACGUCGAAAAAGGCGACGCCGGCAGCAUUGAGCGCUACGUCCGAGCCACGAUAGAGUCAACGAAUGAGCAAUUAUUGGCUCUUCCUACCGAAACUACCACCACAGACCCCAACGACAUCUUGAUGGCCUUCAAGCACAAGCGGGAACAAAUCCGAAACGAUGUCAAAACAAAAUUGGCAAAUCCAGACUACGUGGCAGAGAGCGGGAAUGCAUCUGGCGUACCUAGAUUUGAAGAUGAUCCAUUAGAUGACCCCAUGGAUGAACCCGUACAACCGGCAAGAGGGAAGGCAAAAGCUAAAGCCAAAGGUCGUGCAAAAGCAAAGGGGAAAGCGAAGGCUAAAGCCCCAUCGGCCUCAUCGAGUCCGUCGGAUCAUAAUGUGCAGCAGUCAUUUCAGCCACAGAACCGAGGUGGAUUUUUGGGAAUGCAAAUGCCGCCUCAGCAACAACCAGCAUCAGGAGCUUCGUCCUCUUCCAUGGCUGGAGGUGGUAUGCAAAUGGGCAGCUCGUACCAGAAUCAAGGUCUGCAACCACCACCAAAACGACAGCGAACAGACGACUCUCAGUUUGGUGGAGGAGGUUCACAGUUUGGUGGAGGUGGAUCUCAGUUUCAACAACAAGGUUUCCAACAACACGGUGGUAUGGGAGGUAAUCUCCCACCUCAUCAACAUCAAAGUCAGAUAAAUAGAAAUACCCAAGGUGGAGCAGUGAGGGGUCCUGGGGGAACGCAAUCGCAAAGGACAAAAAAAUUGCCUUGGCAGUGACAGACAACAUGCUAUUGACUCCCUUACCGAUUUCUGCAAUGGAGGCAAUGCAAGCAAUUAGAACAUGAACAUGAAUUCACUGAAUAUGCAGCAUCCUCUAUUCCGAACGACUUCGACCCUUCGUUGAUAUUGAAGACAUGACACAUAUUUUUUGCUUCCUGUGAAACAACAAGAC